AAUUGAUUGGUGCUGAAUAAUGUGUUCAGAGACAUGAGCUUACAUGCAGUUCAAUGUUGCACUCACCCUUGUUUUCGUACACCUGCCGGCUUCAGCUGGAUCCACAGAUUCGGGUCUCGAUCGUGGUUUCCUUCCCGUGGGUAAGCCCUGGUAGCUGACAAGGUUGUCUAAAAUCGAACUCUAUAAGAGUUGGUGGCGCCUGGAUAUUGACGAUAGGUCUCCAGAGGAUACGCCAGCGGCCGCCGAUUUUCUUCUCUUAAUUCCUACGCAUCGCGCGUCUAGGAACUCACUAAUUUGGAGUUCUUGAUCACGAUAGAGAAGAUUGUGUACCGCAAGUUCACUCCAGUCCACCAUCGUUAUUCAUUUCCAUCAUCUUUCCAGUCGGUGCCCUCUAAAAAGGAGUUUAAAACAAAUAAAAUAUUGAGCAUGUCGGAUACCCUGCAGGCGGACAUUCCGUCCACGAAGCCACCCAGCUCCGAGCUGAAGGAUGACAAGUCAGGCUCAGUGUCGGUGCACGUUGCCGAAGCUCAAGGCUUUGACAAGAAAGAGACCAAGCGCCUCUUGCGAAAGCUCGAUUGGCAUCUUAUCCCGUUCAUGAGUUUGAUUUAUUUACUCUGCUUUUUGGACCGUACAAACAUCGGAAAUGCUCGAUUGGACAACUUGGAGCAGGACUUGCACCUGCAGGGCAUCCAGUACAAUGAUUGUCUCGCGAUUUUAUUUCCGUUUUAUAUCGCCGCUGAGAUUCCCUCCAACAUGAUGAUGAAGCGCCUCCGACCGUCUAUCUGGCUGACAUUCAUCAUGGUCUUUUGGUCUGCGGCCAUGAUUGGACAGGGCUUUGUCAAGAAUUAUUCUGGCCUUAUGGCUACGCGUGUAUUCUUGGGGGUCUUUGAAGGCGGUCUAUUCCCUGGCGUGAACUACUACAUCACGCAGUGGUAUUGCAGGCAUGAGACCGGCUUUCGCAUGGCACUUUUCUUCUCUGCAGCUACCCUUGCUGGUGCUUUCGGUGGUAUCCUUGCUCGUGGUAUUGCAGAGAUGAGCGGAGUUGGUGGUCUGCACGCCUGGUCCUGGAUUUUUAUCCUCGAAGGCCUUCUCAGUAUCAUCGUGUCCUUCACGGCCUACUGGGCGAUUUACGACUACCCCGCUACAGCACAAUUCCUCACCAACAGUGAAAGAAACGAGGUCGAGCGCCGUCUUCUCGAGGACCACGGUCACCUAUCUAACGACUUCGACGUCAAGUAUGUGUGGCAGGCAAUCAAGGACUGGAAGAUAUAUAUUUUCAUGCUCAUUUGUAUGGCCGGCUUCUGCCCCAUCUAUUCGUUCUCUCUUUUCCUGCCAACCAUCAUCAAAAACAUGGGAUAUACAGCAAAUAAUGCUCAGCUCAUGUCGGUCCCUCCUUACGUAUUCGCCUGCGUCUUCACUAUUGGCGCUAGUUACUUUGCCGACAAGGUUCGUCAGCGUGGAGUUUUCCUGCUUGGCUUCCAGGCUGUGGCUGUUGUUGGUUUCUCUAUGCUUGCCGGCAGCGGGCAUGCACCAGUUCAGUACACUGGCACCGUUCUGGCCGCCAUUGGUAUCUACCCCCAGAUUCCCCUUGGCAUGGCAUGGAAUGGUGCCAAUAUCGGUGGAAGUCUCAAGCGCGGCACCGGUAUUGCUAUGCAAGUCAUGGGUGGCAACUGCGGUGGUAUCAUCGCAUCUUACGUCUACCUCACUCGUGACGGGCCGAGAUAUAUCACUGGCCAUUGUAUCCUAAUCGGCUUUGUCGUGUGA